UCUCCGCGCGUGUCGCAAGCGGAACGUGACUGCCCAGCCUUCGCGGUCUGUCUAGACUGGCGUCGUAUCACUUUUCCGCUCUCAACAAUACUUCAACGGUUACAGCAACACUUCAGCAGUGACGUGAUCGAGUUGUCUGCGACCACCUGAGAGGUCAUCAACCACGCUCCUGCUGUGACAAAGCCGAGCCAGAUAAGGAGGGACCGCAGCAUGGACGGCGAACUUGGCAAAUCGCUUAUGCAGUUCUCCGUGGACCUCUACAAGCAACUGCACCGCAGUUCUGAAUGCCGCUCCAACAUGUUCUACUCACCGUUCAGCAUCGCGGUGUCGCUCUCUAUGGUCCUCGGCGGAGCGCGAAGCCGAACCGCCCAGCAACUGCGCGACGCGCUGCACGUGACGGACGAGCGGUCUCACCAUCGACGACUUUCGAGUUUUCUGUACGGCGAGAUUUCCUGCUACGCCCCUGACGUCAAGCUACAAGUCGCCAGCCGUAUCUACUGCGCAAAGGAGUUUCGGGUCCUCGAGGAGUACCUAGCUUUUCUCCGAAACAGUUACGUCACCAGCGUGGAAUCUGUCGACUUCAGAAACGAUGCGGACAAGGUGAGAAAGGAGAUAAACGACUGGGUAGAGCUGGUGACGUCGUCCAAGAUCACGGAUCUGCUUCCGCCCGGUAUCUUGCAUUCGUCGACUGUCCUGGUGCUGGUAAACGCCAUCUACUUCAAGGAUCUGUGGAAGGACCAAUUCGACCCGCUUUCUACACAGCCCCGCUAUUUCCACCUAGACUCGAACAACAAGAAGGUCGUCGAAAUGAUGUUACAGGACAACGACUACCGUAUGGCCAGGAGCGACGAGUUGAAAGUCACUGCCCUUGAAGUCCCUUACAAGGGUCUCAAGACGUCCAUGAUCAUACUGUUACCGGAGGACGUGGACGGUCUCGAGUUUCUGACGAAACACGUGACGGCGUACAACCUGAACGCCCUCGUUCGUAACUUGAGCGUUCGGAGAGGCGUCGAGCUGUGCCUCCCGAAGUUCACGCUGGAACAAUCGAUCACUAUGAACGACGUUUUACGGAGUCUCGGCGUUAAGGACCUCUUCUCGGAGCACUGUGAUCUUUCGGGAAUCUGCGAGAACGGCGGUCUGUCGGUGACCGAGGUGAUACACAAGGCUUACGUCGAGGUUAACGAAGAAGGCACGGAGGCAGCGGCGGCGACGGCCGAUAUCUUGGAGGAGUGCUGCCUGGUCUCUCGCAAAACACGCUUCGUUGUGGAUCGCCCCUUCAUGUUCCUGAUAAUGUGCAACAAUCCAGAACUCGUGCUGUUCAUGGGCUCAGUCCGCGAGCUGUAGGGUGCUGACCGGUUUGACAUAUGCUUUUCGUGUGAGAGAUGUGUUACGAUAGUUCAAUUUGUCGUGUGACACCGCUUCAUAAUGUUCAUCUGAAACAUGUCACGGCAGAAGUUUUUCAGCCCGAUCAGCUUUGAACACCACCGGGACGCCCGUAAGACGAAAUGGCGCCCUGCGUCGUCAAGUACAUAAUGCCUUGCUACUCUAGGAUAUACGGCCUUACUCAAGCUCAUCGUUGUGGUAUACGAAUGAUCCUGCGCUGUGGUAUUAUGCGGUGGCAGGAAACAGCUGUGAACGGCAUAUAUUGCGUACCUACGCGCAGCACAAGAUCGGCAGUGCCUUGUCCUCACUCCACUUGCUUACCUUUCGCUUCCCGUCCCCCGUUCCCCAGUGUAGGGUAGCAAAGCAGAUUUUAUAUGCUGGUUAAUAUUCCUACCUUUCCCCUGUAUUCGCCCGCUCGCUCUCUCCAAAGCGAGCCUCAGCCUAGUGUUUGUGCAUGAGAGCCAGUCAGAAUGUGAAUGCUUCUACUAAGUCCUGCAGGUGUGACUGUGUUUCUUGUUUGAACUAUGAUCUUUCGAAAAAUAAAGUUAGGACGACAAAGGCGUCACGCAUUUUGCUCGCUUGAGCAAGGCCGU